AUGGUGCAGCUGCAGGUAUUGAAUGCCCUGGAUGUGGCCAAGACGCAGUGGUACCACUUCACAGCCAUCAUCAUAGCUGGUAUGGGCUUCUUUACCGACGCCUACGACCUCUUCUCCAUCUCCAUCGUCACCAAGCUCUUAGGCCGCAUCUAUUACUACGACGCCAACCCAGACCGCCCGGGAGUGCUCCCUCCCAACGUCUCCGCGGCGGUGAAUGGGGUGGCCCUCUCAGGUACGUUCGCCGGCCAGCUGUUCUUCGGUUGGCUCGGCGACAAGAUGGGAAGGAAGAAGGUCUACGGUCUCACCCUCAUGCUCAUGUUUGUCUGCUCCAUGGCCUCGGGCCUGUCCUUUGGAAAGACCCCCAAGGGCGUGAUGGCGGUGCUCUGCUUCUUUCGGUUCUGGCUGGGGUUCGGCAUCGGCGGCGACUACCCACUCUCCGCCACCAUCAUGUCCGAAUACGCGAACAAAAAGACCAGGGGGGCAUUCAUUGCCGCCGUCUUCGCCAUGCAAGGGCUUGGCAUCCUCGCUAGCGGGAUCGUCGCCAUCAUCGUCUCUGCUGCUUUCAGGAACCAGUACUGGGCGCCAGCCUACGUGGUCAACCCCGUGGCCUCGACGGUACCCCAGGCUGACUACGUGUGGAGGAUCAUACUGAUGUUCGGCGCAGCGCCGGCAGCACUGACCUACUACUGGCGAAUGCAGAUGCCGGAGACGGCCAGGUACACGGCGCUCGUGGCAAGGGACGCGAAGCAGGCUGCGAUGGACAUGUCGAGGGUGCUGCACGUGGAGUUCGAGAACGAGCAGGACAAGCUUGACGUCAUGGCCGUGGAGAGAUCCCUCAACUACGGCCUCUUCACCCGCGAGUUCGCCAAGCGCCACGGCCUGCACCUGCUCGGCACCACUUCCACUUGGUUCUUCCUCGACGUCGCCUUCUACAGUCAGAACCUAUUCCAGAAGGACAUUUUCUCUGAUAUCGGAUGGAUUCCGCCGGAUAAAACCAUGAACGCCGUCGAAGAGGUUUACCGGAUCGCCCGCGCCCAGACCCUCAUUACCCUUUGCUCCACCGUCCCCGGAUACUGGUUCGCCAUUGCUUUCAUCGACAUCAUCGGCCGCUUCACCAUCCAACUGAUGGGCUUCCUCUUCAUGACCGGCUUCAUGUUCGCCCUCGCAAUACCUUACUACAAUUGGCACCAACCCACCCACCGUAUUAGCUUCGUCGUCAUGUAUGCCUUCACCUUCUUCUUCGCCAACUUCGGCCCCAACACCACCACCUUCGUUAUUCCGGCGGAAAUCUUUCCGGCGAGACUCAGGUCGACGUGCCACGGUAUCUCGGCCGCGGCGGGCAAAGCCGGCGCCAUGAUCGGGGCCUUUGGGUUCCUGUACGCAGCCCAGAGCAAGGACCCCGGCCUUGUUGACCCAGGGUACCGUCCCGGAAUUGGGGUCAGAAAUGCGCUCAUUGUGCUAGGCGUCAGUAACGCGUUGGGCUUCCUCUUCACGUUCUUGUUGCCGGAGUCAAAGGGAAAGUCGCUGGAGGAGAUAACGGGUGAGGCCGAACCGGCCGGGCAGCAGGACUGCGACCCCGAGUCUGGCUAUACUGGCAGCGAACCUGUACAGACAGAGCCCCUUUAG